AUGGAUCGUAAGCACAGAAGAAAACCAACCACACGCACACGCACUAGCCCCGCCACUGCUGUUCGAAGGAUGGGGAGUUGGAGGGGACGUGCGCGGAUGGGGGAGCAGCGGAAGGAUGCGGGGGGGAUUACAGGGCGGGUGGGGCGUGUGGGUAGCGGUGAGCAGCGAGCAGCGGUGAGCAGCGAGCAGGGAGCGGUGAGAGCAGCGGUGAGCAGCGAGCAGGGAGCGGUGAGAGCAGCGGUGAGCAGCGAGCAGGGAGCGGUGAGAGCAGCGGUGAGCAGCGAGCAGGGAGCGGUGAGAGCAGCGGUGAGCAGCGAGCAGGGAGCGGUGAGAGCAGCGGUGAGCAGCGAGCAGGGAGCGGUGAGAGCAGCGGUGAGCAGCGAGCAGGGAGCGGUGAGAGCAGCGGUGAGCAGCGAGCAGGGAGCGGUGAGAGCAGCGGUGAGAGCAGCGGUGAGAGCGGUGAGAGCAGCGGUGAGCGCAGCGGUGAGAGCAGCGGUGAGAGCAGCGGUGAGCGGAGCGGUGAGAGCAGCGGUGAGAGUGGCGAGUGGGGGAGAGAAGGGAUGGGAUGGCAGACCAAGCUACGACGUGGGCGUGGCCCCCACCUCCUCCCCCUCCCCACGCCUCCCCACUGUCGCCCCACCCCAACCCUCCUUCUUCCCUGCUGCCAGCUGUGGCGUGGACGUGGUGCAGAAGAGGAGCACACCGCUUCCUGGUGCUGCUGGCGAACCUGCUGGCGGGCAGGACACUCACCUGUGUCCCCACCUCGCCACUGUUGCCCCCACCACCCCGGCCCCCCUUCUCUCCCCCAGCUACGGCGUGGACGUGGUGCAGAGGAGUGCUGCCUUCGACCCGCCGCUGCACCGCUUCCUGGUGCUGCUGGCGAAGCUGCUGGCAGGGCGGCCGCUCACGGUGCUGGCGGUGGGCGGCUCCAUCUCCGCCGCGGGGCACCUGCCGGGCGGCGUCAUGCACGGCAGCGGAACAUAUGGCCAGGCCCUUGUGGAGUGGUUUGAGCAGGUGUGUGGUUGCUUUAGGAAGGGCGGAGGAGGAGGAGUGCAAGAGGAGGAGGGCCGCAGGGAUGGCGUCAUGUCAUGCACGGCACCGGCACUUAUGGCCAGGCGCUCGUGCACUGGGUGCAGCAGGUGCGUGGUUGUUGUGGGAUGGGCAGAAGGAAAGGGGGAGGGUGGGAGAGGGCUUGGAGAGCAUGGGACGAGGGUACUUGGAAAAUCUCCAUUCCCUCCUCUUCCCAUCGCUCCCAACCCCCUCCUCUCCCCAUCCCCCCUCUCCCCAUCCCUCCUCUCCCCAUCCCUCCUCUCCCCAUCCCUCCUCUCCCCAUCCCUCCUCUCCCCAUCCUCCACUCCUCAUCCCUCCUCUCCCCAUCCCUCCUCUCCCCAUCUCUCCUCUCUCCAUCCAUCCUCUCCCAAUUCCUCCUCUCCCCAUCCCUCCUCUCGCCAUCCCUCCUCUCCCCAUCCCUCCUCUCCCCAUCCCUCCUCUCCCCAUCCUCCACUCCUCAUCCCUCCUCUCCCCAUCCCUCCUCUCCCCAUCUCUCCUCUCUCCAUCCAUCCUCUCCCAAUUCCUCCUCUCGCCAUCCCUCCUCUCCCCACACUCCUCUCCCCAUCCCUCGUCUCCCAAUUCCAUUCACAGGUGUUCCCCACACCGCCCUCAACCCCUCCGCACCGUCUCAUCCGGGCCUUCCUGCCCGGAGCCGGCUCAUACGUGCUGCACUUCUGCACGGGGGAGCUGGUGGGGGCGCUGUGGGCGGACGGGGAGGAGCAGCGGCGUGCAGCAGGCGAGGCGGACGUGGUGCUGCUGGAGUGCGCUGCCAAUGACUGGUCCGUGCUGCAGCCCGGCAUGGUCCCACCCCCAGCUCGCUUCUACCAAUCUCCUUUCUCCAUCUCCCCCCCCUCUCUCCCCCCUUCCCUCACCACAGAGGGCACGCAGUACGCAGCAGCUGAGGGUCUGCUUCGCCAGUUCCUACUACUGCCAUCACACCCACUAGUCCUUUUCCUCAACUUCGGGGUCUUCCACCCGCACGACCCGCUGCUCUCCGCCUUCCACCACUCCGCCGAGGCCCUUCUGAACCACCUCUCAGCAUACUACAGCGUCCCCGCUGUCAGCCCCUGGCGAGCCUACUUCCCCCUCCUUGCCACCGCAGCGUCCCCAACCUGCCCUGCCUCCACCGAACCUCCCUCCGAGCCUGCCGCCAAGCCUCGCGUGCUGUCCCCGCCGUCAUCCGAGCCUGCGGAGAACCUGACAUGGGCGCACAUGUUUGUGGACCGCGUGCAUCCCUCUGCUGCCGGGCACGGCAUGGCAGGCAGUCUAGCAGCGCACCGCAUCUUCUCCCUCGCGCUGCACUACCUGCGCCGUGAGGGCCUCUCCCUCUCCCGCCACCACCUGCGCCUUGACUGGGUGGACGGCAAGGCAGCCCCCUCUACUCAGUCCGCCCUGCUCUGCCCUCCCAACUCCCUCUGCCGCAAGUGCUUCGGUGACCUGGGCUUCUCGGCUCUCGGCCCGCCCCUCUCGGCGCCGUGCAUGCUGCCGCCGUUGCAGAGUGCGGCAGACCCGCACCCGCGCUGUGUGCUGGGCAACACCUGGAACGUCACGGCUGUGGGCGCGGUGGAGUUUCCCGAGGGGUACACGGCGGUUAAGGAGGCUGCCUCUAAAGGGGAUGCUGCGAGUGUGAAGAGGAUCGCGGAGGCGAAUGCGACAUGGGUGCAGGAGGCGUGUGGGCCACUGGUGCCGCAGAUCCUGUGCUGGAAGGCCCAGGCUGCUCGCUCUCCUCUGCGUGUGGCUGUGGAUGUGCGGGGGGCUACACGGGGAAUUGGCGUGGUGUACAAGAUGCUGGACUGGACGAAGCAGGAGCACAAGAUGGACGGUGCAGAUGUGCAGGUGAAUGGCCGGGAUGUGGGGUUCUUGCAGGUGCCUGUGGUGGGGAAUACUUUAACGCACUGGAGGCUCAACAGCAGUCUUAUUCGUUUAGAGGACGGGGAAGUGCAUGAGGGGCGUGUUUCAUUGACAAUUGUGCCGCAUACAAAAUGGUUUCACAUGGUGGCGUUUGUGGUUGAAUAA